CCCAGGAGGCUUCAAAUGAGCCACGGUGGAACGGUUCUGCACAGAACCAAGAUGCAGCGCCUCGACGUGCUCGUGUGUCUCGCAGCGAUUUGUUUGGCUUCGUCUCGGGCCACCGUCGUGGACCCCAGAGGAUCUCGGCCCGUUGAGCAAGGCACCAGGUCUGAUAAGUGUGCCACUGAGAAGGAGUGGCCUUUCUGCACGGACGACCAAUGGGGCCCCAAGUGCCCGUCGGGCUGCAGGAUCCAGGGCCUGAUGGACCACUACGACCACGGCGCGCUGACCAAGAUCGAGAAGAUCCGCCAGCUCCUGGAGCAGAACCGGGCCCAGCACCGGUCCACCGACGUGAUCUCCAAGGAGACCUACACCCAGCUGGCCGAAAAGCUCACGCUGGAGUCCGGUAACGGCAACAUCUACUACGACCUGGCCCAGAAUCUGCGUAAGAGGAUCACGGACAUGAAGAUCCGGAUCGACCGUCAGAUGAUAAUCCUGAGGGCCCUGAAGGACCGGGUCAAGGACCAGGUGGUGGAGAUGCAGAGGCUGGAGGUGGAUAUCGACAUUAAGCUCCGCUCCUGCAAAGGUUCGUGUCAAAGUUACACGAAGUACGAAGUGGACCACGAGAGCUACACGGCCCUGGAGAAACAGAUCAACCAGCUGGACUCGUCCCAAAACAUCGAGUCCGUGGGGACGCUGCACGUGAUGAAGAGCCGGCCGAUGAAGGACGUCGCGGUGAACACGCUGCACAAGUCCAAGGACCUGGGCGGAGGCCAGCACACCGACAUGUUCCCCGAUGUGCACACUGUUGAGUUCAUCCUCGAGCAGGAGGGCUCUUUCUCAUCACCGGCAACCGUCUCCAAGCUCUCAGGUACGACGUACGCUCAGUCCAAACCCUCAUCGGGCUCCUCCUCUAAAUCCAUCACCGAGUUCGGGGGCGAUAUCUUCGGCGGCGGCGGCGGCGCCGGCCCCCCCAGCCAGCCGGCCACAGGAGGUCACACGUCCACCAGAACCGCCGGCUGCUCCCGGAGCAUCAGGAAGACCAUCGUCCACUCCAAGGACGGGCCGGUGGAGAAGACGGAGGAGGUGAUCGAGGGAGGACCCGAGUGCCGGAGCAUGACGGACUUCACCAAGGGAGGGAUGGGCGCCUUCUUCCCCGGCUUCACGUCAUCAUCAUCUUCCUCCUCGUCUUCGUCUCUGACCAAGGCGGUCCACUCCGGCGGCACCAAGGGUUUCGACCUGAGCGAUCCGUUCGGCGACGACCUCGGCCUCUUCAAGACGGGCGCCGUCGAGGACGACCUCCCCGACUUCCACGCCCGGAGCGUGAAGAGCUCGCGCACCGAGCGCCACGCCGAUUAUAUAGGAAAAGAUUGCGUGGAGGCCCGCCAGAACCACCUGAAAGGGGAAGCCAACGGCCUGUUUAAGAUCAGACCCGGCGGCGCGGACCCCGCUCAGGUGGUGCAGGUGUUCUGCCAGCAGGAGGGGCUAAUGGGCGGGUGGCUGCUAGUGCAGCAGAGGGGCGGCGGCGGCGGUGGUGGUGGCGGCGGCGGCGGCGGCGCGCUCGGCUUCAACCGCUCCUGGGCCGAGUACCGCGGCGGCUUCGGCUCGGUGGACGCCGGCGGCGAGGGGGAGUUCUGGCUCGGCAACCAGAACCUCCACCUGUUGACCAAUCGGGGCGGCGAGAGCAUCCUGAAGGUGGAGCUGGAGGAUUGGGAAGGGGGCGUGGCCUUAGCCGAGUACGCCGUGGCGGUCGGCCCGGAGGAGGAGGGGUACCCGCUGAGCGUGUCCGCGUACACCGGCGACGCCGGCGACGCCCUGGCGGCCCACGCCGGCACGAGGUUCAGCACCUUCGACAGGGGCGGCGCCGGGGGGGGGGGUGGCUGCGCGGCGCGCGGUGGCGGCGGCUGGUGGCACCGCCCCGGCUGCCAGUCGGCCAACCUCAACGGCGUCUACCACCAGGGGGCGCGCGGCGGCGGCGAGGGGAACGGCGUCGCCUGGCCGACAUACAAACCGGCCGGCUACAGCCUGAAGGCCGCGCGCAUGUUCAUCCGGCCCGCCGCCUUCUAGCCGGGGGGCGGGGCUUAUGGGUCUGAACCCCCAAAAACAACUCAUCGUUUCAAAAGUCAAACAGCGUCGCCGUGUGUGUGUGUGUGUCUCUGUGUGUGUGUGUGUGUCUCUGUGUAUGUGUGUGUGUGUACAUGUUCAUCUCACUGAACUCUCAUAAAGAUCCCAUGUUCACUUCA